AUGUCCUCAAACGCCAACGUAUACACCUGUGACGCCGUCACCACGAGACGUCUUGUCCAAGACUCGAUCUACGGUUACUUUCCCUCCCUCCCCGCCAACGCCUUCUUCCUCGCUCUCUUCAUCAUCCUCCUCAUCACCCAACUCUAUCUCGGCAUCAAAUACAAAACAUGGACAUUCACGUUCGCUCUCUCCUGCGGCUGUCUCGUCGAAGCAGUCGGCUACGUCGGGCGCCUCAUUCUUCACCAUAAUCCAUUCGCCAACAGUGGGUUCAUCAUGCAGCGCUGCUGUCUGAUCAUGGGCCCAGCUUGGCUAGCCGUGGGAAUCUACUUGACUUUGAAGCAUAUCGUCAAAGCAUUCGGACCGCAGUACACCUAUCUUAAACCGAAGUACUACACUUGGCUCUUCAUUGCCGGUGAUUGCUUUGCUCUCAGUCUGCAGGCCGUUGGUGGAGGAUUAUCCGCUGGCGCCAUUGGCAAUUUCAAUCAACUGAGCCUUGGAAGCAACAUCGCAAUCGCCGGCAUUAUCAUGCAAGUAGUGACGCUCGCAAUCUUCGCCUCACUGGCGGGACUCUUCUUCUUCCGCCGACAGCUCGCCCGACGCAAUGGAGUCCCAGAGAAGGAAGGAACACUAGUAAACCCUCAACUACAGACACUACGCUUCAAGCUCUUCGCCGGCGCAGUGAUCAUCGCCUUCUCAACCAUUUUCACCCGAUGUGUCUACAGGAUUGCGGAGAUGAUGGGUGGAUGGGGCAAUCCACUCAUGCAAGAUCAGGCCGAAUUCAUCGCGCUGGACAGCGUGAUGUGUUCUGUCGCAGCUAUUGCAUUGACGGUCUUCCACCCUGGCUUUUGCUUCCCGCAAAUGGCGCAGUCCAUCAGCUUUGGCCAAAGGAAGAUACUUACCACUCUGGAGGACAAUGGACCUAAUAACUCUACGUCUUCUUCUUCUUCUUCUUCUUCUUCACCUGAAGUCGUCCUUGAGAAAGCUGAUGUAGCAAAGCCGGGCGAGUUGUACUUUCGGUAG